AUGGUGGAAUUGACACUCGAGCGGUCACAGAUGAAAUUCGUCGAUGGACUAUUCAAGAGGAUUCGAAAAUCGGCGAAACGCCGGAGAAGACACACACUUUCCGAGCAACCGCACUGCUCAAUUGAUCAUGAAGCGUUGGAAUUACCCAGCCCUGUCUCAGAAGAUUUGCCCAGUUCAAGUGGAUCUUGUCCAAAUACGAGUAAAACACCUAGAUCCGCUUCUGCAUUGGCUGCCAUUGGACACCCAUCCACUAGCAGUUUACAGAAAGAUGAGCGAAUCUCGUUGGACGAGUUGGAAGUGAAAGAAUUAGAGCCACCAAAGGCCGAACCGGAACUGACCGAUUCGCCGGUGAGGAAGAAAUGUCCUGUAAAGAUUACAGUGACAAGUCAUGAUGAUGACGAUAUGGUGGCCAUUAUCGAAGAGGUUUUCGUUGGGGAGGAUGCGUCGAGAAGCACGACACCCACUCCACAAACGGUGAAUGAGAAUCUGGGUGGAGAGCAGAUGGAGAACGCAGAUCCUUUAAAUUCUACAACAACUGUUUCUCUAUUGGAUUCUUUACAAACCGAGACUGCGGUGGUUAGGAAUUCGAAGCUGAAAGUCCCCUGGCAUUCUGUGCAUUUCUUCUCGUGUGAGGGACCAGAUGAGGAUUUGUCUGAAUCUUCCGCUCCACCCGAGAUCGAGAAAGUCGAGCCAGUAGCCAAGAAACCACUCACUUCUAUCGUUAAUCUAUUCCAAAGCCGAAACUUGCUCAACAAAAAAGAGCCAGCUCCAUCAACGAUCAAAGAGUCGUCCGAAUCGUCGCAAACGAUCGAUGACACUGAAGCGGAGAAAGGAAACUCUGGUGGCCAAUUGCUUAAACAUGAGAACACGGUCGUUCGAGCGGAUGGGCUGCCGGUCGGGACGGGAAGCGGAAUGAAGCUCACACAAGCGCUGCCAGCGCAGAAGCAAGACAUUGUGAAAGUUACACAGCAACUACUUGAUGCGAUUUCGUGCAAAGAUUGGGACAGUUACACAAAGCUGUGUGACCCGGGUAUGACUUGUUUCGAGCCGGAAACUCUUGGCAAUCUCAUAGAGGGAAUCGACUUUCACCGAUUCUACUUUGAUCCAAGCAAUUCCGGUGGUGCACGAAAAGGCGGUCUGCACACGACAAUGCUCAAUCCAAAUGUGCACGUGAUGGGCGAUGAGGGAGCGUGCAUUGCCUACGUUCGACUCACUCAAUACAUUGACAAGAACGGUGAUGCGAAAACUCGUCAAUCACAAGAAUCUCGGGUGUGGCAGCGUCGAAACGGUCGCUGGUUGUGUGUCCACGUGCAUCGUUCAACCGGUUCCCCAAACAAUCCAUCAGCAUCCACCGAUUAU